CCCAUAAGUUUACUUUGCCCUUUGCGGGAGAUGAGAUUCAGCCUCCGCUAACCUGCCGAGAGACGACCAGGGCCGGGGGAGGAAACUUUUGCGAGCACGCUGUCAAAUCUGCUGAAUUCAGGAUUAUCUGCGGGUCAUGGACGCUUUGGUGUAGUUGGAUUUUUUGUGUGCGGAUUCCCGGCUUGUGCGGCUGCAAGCAGAGCGGACCGCUCCGUGCGACUCCAGGCGGCUCUGAAGGAAACCAUAUCUGGUCAAAGUAUUCGUUGCUGUCACACAGCGGGACUGUCCGGCUAUAAAUAGCGCUGGAGGAGGUCUCUCUCUUUCCCGGGAGCGCUACAGGCACUUGGCUGCCUUCACUGUUAAUUUACCCCUGAGCUGAUCUGGGGGUCACUGAGAUAUAGAUUUUUUUAUUCUCAAUCUCCCAGGGUCUUGCAGGCUCCUGAUCUCCUACUUUGUUUCUUAUUUGGAGGGGUGAUAGAGGUGUGCUGUCCAUCAUGUCGGUGUUGAGGAAAGAGAUGGAGAAGUACAGGGACAUAGACGAGGACGAGCUGCUGAAGAAACUGUCAGAGGAAGAGCUGCAGCGAUUAGAGGAUGAACUAGAGGAGCUGGAUCCUGAUAAUGCAUUGUUGCCAGCUGGGAUGCGGCAGAAGGACCAGACCAAGAAAGCUCCGACGGGACAAUUUCAGAGAGAUAACCUGCUGGCCCAUCUGGAGAAACAGGCCAAAGAGCAUCCUGACAAAGAGGACUUGGUGCCCUUCACAGGGGAGAAGAGAGGGAAAGCCUUUGUGCCUAAAAAGAGGGUGGACCCCAUCAUGGAGAAUGUGACCCUGGAGCCGGAGCUAGAAGAAGCCCUGGCUAGUGCUACUGAUGCUGAACUCUGUGAUAUCGCAGCCAUCCUGGGUAUGCACACCCUGAUGAGUAACCAGCAGUACUAUGAAGCCCUGGCCAGCAGCACUAUAGUCAACAAGCAAGGCCUCAACAGUGUGAUCCAGUGCACCCAGUAUAAACCAGUCCCAGAUGAAGAGCCCAACUCCACUGACGUAGAGGACACCCUGUUGAGAGUGAAGAGGAACGACCCUGACCUGGUGGAGGUCAACCUCAACAACAUCAAGAACAUCCCCAUCAAGACUCUGAGGGCGUACGCUGAGGCGCUGAUGAAGAACACUGUGGUGGAGAGGUUUAGUAUUGUAGGAACCAGGAGCAACGACCCUGUAGCAUUUGCUUUAGCAGAGAUGUUGAAGGUGAACACGUCGCUGAAGAGCCUGAACGUUGAGUCCAACUUCAUUACAGGGACUGGAAUCCUGGGCCUCAUAGAGUCAUUGCAGUUUAACACCACACUACAGGAGCUCAAGAUAGACAAUCAGAGCCAGCCACUAGGCAACAAGGUGGAGAUGGAGAUAGCCAGCAUGCUGGAGAAAAACAACACGCUGUUGAAGUUUGGAUAUCAUUUCACCCAGCAGGGCCCUCGCCUCCGAGGCUCCAACGCCAUGAUGAACAACAACGACCUGGCUCGGGUCGUCAGGUCAGAGUCGGACGGCUCCUUCACCCUCACUCUUUCCGUCCCUGAGCUGGAGAGAGCCUUCGGGAAAAAGUUCAAGUCCAAGACUAAUAAGAAAGAGAAGGCUUGAGGGAGGACCCAUCUUCCCUAAGUGUCGGACGAAUGUGUAGAAACCAGGGCUACCCUCAACCCUCUGUUACCCUUGACCCCUGCCAUCUUUCCAAACUCAGUCCUGUAAUCCUCUCGGCCUCACACCUCCGAUGGCCUACUCAGAAGACAACACCCACCACGUCAGGUUCAAUUGUCUCUGAACUCUUUGUGCUUUCCAGACUCUAUUUUAGUAGAUAUUAAAGGAUCCAAAUGGGAUGAAUCAGCAGUGUCAUUCUGAGCUUUCAGCGCAUGCAAAAAGUUUCAUUGUGAGCUUUUUUUGUGCUUGUCUUGACUCAGGUUCCAGGGGUGAACAUUUGCUGUUGCUCUGUGUACAAACUAACCAGGCAAGGCAUACUUUGUCUUCAUGGAUCCUUUAACAUCUCCUCAAGUGUCUAGAUUCCUAAAUAGAGGGGGCUGGAGGUCUGGUUUUGAAUGAGGGCCUAUUGGAAGGUGACGAGACACUCUUAGGAAUCCCUGUUUCUAUUGAUGAGUUGAAUUAAUACUAAAUAUUAUUAUUGUUAUGCUGUAAAUGAGUUGUGCUGUCAUUACUGUGGUUUCCAAAAGCUUCUGAUGUUGCGUCAGGGUCAACAUAUAAGGUAUUUUCUUCCAAUUUUACACAAAAGCCCCCUUUUCAAUUAGCUUGACCAAAAACAAAUCUCUGAAAAUUACUGUGAUAUUGGAUUUGGACCUGAUCAUGAAAAUCUGAUAUUACAGUUCUUUUCUUAUUCGGUUUAAUCGUUUUUUUAGUGACUCUCAGUCCUCUGGUACUAAAACAUACAGUAAUGGACAGAUUAAUAAACCUGGCUACUGUGAGAUUUGUCGCUAUAUACAGAAUAUAUUUAUUUGGGACAGACCUGGGAAAGAGUCAGACGCCAUUCAGAUACUUAAUAUGUUGGAUUGAUUGUGCUGGAUAGUGUAAUAACUUGUGUAAAAAUGUUUCUCUAAAUGAAAAUGUACACUCUAAUUACGUCGUUAUAGUAUCCAGCAUUUAUAUUAGCAGUCCCUGCAGAACAUUCCUGCUAGCUGGGAAUGACAACUGCCAGUUCAAGGUUUAUUUACUGAUGUUAAAUUUUCUAUUAACCCACUGUAAAAUAUCCACUGUGUUGUUAUAUAGAAUUUAUUAUCUACCAUCCAUUAUGUACGUCAGACUAUGUAAACCUAAAGUAACUGCAAAUAUUUGAAUGGACUUCUGUUACUCUUUAAACUAGGUCUGGUUUGUUGAUUGUUGUUUGUGUUUAUUUGUAUUUACUGGAGCUAAAACGUGUGGUUCAUUACAAAAUGGUUGGUACUGUUUUCUUACGGUUUGUUACAGGUUUCACAUUAACGCCUCAAUCCAGGGUUGGAUUAUUUCAGUAAUGGAUGGUGGCACAGAUUUAAAAACACAGGAAACCUCUAAUGUCUUUACAGCUGUCAGAUCACACAAAGUCCAUCACUUUUAUUUACAUAAAUCAAAUGUUAACAGCAGUUUCAAGAAUGCUUGUUAGCUGUGACGGGUCUUAAAUCAACCGCCAAACAUCUGACAUACGGUAUUACACUCUGAUACUGGAUGGAUCCUUUAAGAGUUCACGAUGGCAAUGUUCUUCUCAUCAAGGGCAAAACAUGUCUGUGGAUACAGCUUUAUGUCCUUGUAAACAACUUUGACUACACAUCCACAUGCUGGUAACGAUGAACUCUGCUGUGUAUUUUGCGCCACUUAAUGGAAUUUCUUCUUUCAAAUUAACAGCACAAUGAGAAAAAGGAGGGUUAGCUGCUAUGUAACCAGGAACUAGAGCUAAAAUGUCGCUGUCUGAAAAUAAAACAGGUCCAGUAAGAAGUGCUCAAGAUGAAAUGGGUCUGUGUUUUUCUGCUUAAAGAAAAUCCUCGACUCAAAGGUAAAUCUGACCCUAUUGUACCAUCCAUGUUUCCUUGAUGUCAUCAACUGUACCUGAUGCUGACUGAAUUUUGAAGGGUUCGAUAACCCAUUUAAUGUUAUUUAAUAUCACUGCUUUGUUACUUUCUCGUCAGUGCUGUGGGUGUUGUUCAACAAAUGGUUAUUGUGGAUGUAAACAUUUGUAAAACAAUAAGUAACUGAAUGCUAAAGGCAAAGGAGGACAAGGACUCCUGCCAAUCACAGUCUUUGUGUGUCUGGUUCUUUUCUUCUGUCUACUGUUUUCUGAUAUUUUAGUGCUUGACUCUGUGUUUUGUUAGAUAGUUCACCUUUGUUGGUUGAAUUUUUGUUUAAUAAAUAAAUAAAUAAAGCUUGA